UUGUUUUUGUAAGUGAUGUGUGUGUUUCUCUCGUGUGAAGAGCUGAAGAGUAAGUGGCAUCUGGUGGUGGAGCGUCUGACGGUGCUGUUCCUGAAGUUCCUGGAGUGUGUGCAGAAGCUGCAGCUCUUCAUCUGGUGGCUGCUGGAACUUCACAUCAUCAAGAUCGUCUCGUCCUACAUCAUCUGGGUCUCAGUCAGAGAGGUGUCUCUGUUUAACUAUGUGUUUCUGGUGAGCUGGGCUUUCGCUCUGCCCUUCAGUCAGUUCAGACCGCUGGCGUCCAGCGUCUGCACCGUCUGGACCUGCGUCAUCAUCGUCUGUAAGAUGCUGUACCAGCUGACCUCCAUCAACCCGUCCUCGUACUCCAGGAGCUGCAGUAUGCCAGAGAACUACACAGACGCUCAGCGCUCAGACAUGGCCAGAUCUCUGCUCUACAGCGGCCCGGUGGACCCGGCCAACUGGAUCGGCCUCAGGAAGUUCUCUCCGCUGCUGGAGAAUCUGAGGAAUAACUUACUGAUGCUGGCUCUCUUGGCGUUUGAAGUGACCAUUUACCGUCACCAGGAUCUCUACCGGAUGAAGAACAACCUCACCCCUCCGGUCACAAGAACCAUCUUUUACAACAUCACACGCCAACAUCUGGACGACGGCAUCAUCAACUGCGCCAAAUAUUUCAUCAACUACUUCUUCUACAAAUUUGGUCUUGAGACCUGUUUUCUGUUAGCGGUGAAUGUGAUCGGCCAGAGGAUGGAUUUCUAUGCCAUGCUGCACGCCUUCGGUCUGAUUGCGGUGAUGUAUCAGCGCAGGAGAAAAGCCAUCGGCCGCGUCUGGUCCAAGUAUUGCUGCUUCCUGGCCUGCAUGUUAGCCUUCCAGUACCUGAUGUGCAUCGGCAUCCCUCCUGCGGCCUGCACAGACUAUCCGUGGAGACGGCCGUCUUCCAGCAUGGACUCAAACGUCAUCAAGUGGCUCUACUUCCCCGACUUCCACACCAAACCCAACUCCCUCUUCCUCCUCUAUGACUUCAUGCUGCUGCUGUGCGCGUCGCUGCAGGGCCGUGUGUUUGAGGAGGAGAGCGUGGCGGCCGUGCAGCUGCUGGCGGGUGAUAAUGUGGAGAUCUGUCGAGAUCUGGACGCCGCCAGCUUCAGCCAGCACAACCCUGUGCCCGACUUCAUCCACUGCAGGUCGUAUCUGGACAUGCUGAAGGUGAUCAUGUUCAGCUACAUGUUCUGGUUCGUCCUGACCAUCAUCUUCAUCACGGGCACCACACGCAUCAGCAUCUUCUGUAUGGGAUACCUGCUCGCCUGCUUCUACUUCUUGAUCUUUGGGGGCGAGCUGUUACUGAAGCCAAUCAAAAGCAUCCUUCAUUACUGGGACUUCCUCAUAGCAUACAACGUCUUCGUAAUCACCAUGAAGAACAUUCUCUCAAUCGCGGCGUGUGGAUAUAUUAAAGCGCUGGUGGCCAAUCACUGCUGGCUGAUCCAGUUGUUCAGUCUGGCCUGCACUAUAAAAGGAUAUUCAAAGCCGGAGCAGAACACAAAUAAACAGUGUGAGCUGCCGAGUGACGAGGCCGGGAUCAUCUGGGACAGCAUCUGCUUCGCCUUUCUGCUGCUGCAGAGGCGGGUUUUCAUGAGCUACUACUUCCUGCACGUCGUAGCAGACAUCCGUUCCUCUCAGGUCCUCGCCUCCAGAGGAGCGGAGUUGUUUCAGGCGACCAUUGUGAAGGUGGUUAAAGCCAGAAUAGAAGAAGAGAAGAAGUCCAUGGAUCUGCUGAAGAGACAGAUGGACCGCAUCAAAAGCCGACAGCAGAAGUUCAAGAGAGGUAAAGAAAGGAUGCUGUCUCUGGUGCAGGAGAGUGGAGAAAGUCACUCAGUAGUCAAGGAGGAAGAGGAUGAUGAUGAAGGAGAGAACAGCAAAGAGAAGAAGAAAGACAAGAGGAAGCACUGGUGGAAGCCUUGGGUUGAUCAUGCGUCCAUGGUCCGAAGUGGCCAUUAUUACUUAUUUGAGACAGAUAGUGAGGAAGAAGAGGAAGACGAGGACAAAAAGGAUGAGGAACCUCCCAAAAGAUCAGCGUUCCAGUUUGUGUAUCAUGCCUGGAUAACUGACUCGAAAACUGCCAUGAAAGAGCGAAGUAAGGAAAGACGGCGAUUCUGGCAAAGAUACACGGAGCGCAGCGAACCAGAAGGAACUGCUCCUUGCACAAGAAUGCAUGUGGCCAUUGAGGAAGGAGAUCAGGAGGAAGGUGUUACAGAGGAAGAGGUAUCUGAGGGUCCAGAUAACAUCCUGAAGCGAGUGUUUAACAUCCUGAAGUUCUCCUGGGUGCUCUUCCUGGCCCUGCUGGACAGUUUCACCGCCUGGCUCAACUCCAUCUGCCAGGAGCACAUCGAUAUCUCCAACGUCCUGCGCAUCGAGCGCUGCAUUCUCACUCACGAGGUCAAGAAGGGCAACAUUCCAUCAAGGGACAGCAUCCACACGUACUACCAGAGACAGAUGUGCAGCCCAGCGUCCGCUGAGUCCAGUCUGGACCGGACUGAGGACGAGUAUUCAGACUUCAGCCCCCUGCGGAGCCAGGCUCACGAGUCCGAUCUCUCCAGAGAGAACCUUGUGGACCAGCCUGAGGAGACCAGCGACUGUGUUCUCAAAACCAGCCAGCGCUCUCGACCCAGACUCUGCCGCCUGCCGAGUGUAGACCUGCAGUCAUCCAGGUAUGAGACCCCACCAUCCGCUCUGCUUCAGACCAGCCGUGUGUUUCUGUGUGCUCACAGCUCCGGGCUUUCUGACAUUACCUGCUAG